AUGGAUUGUAACUGCUUAUAAGGAGUACAAAAAAUGAAUAUGUUAUAAAUAAAAUAAGAAGAUUUUGAAUUAAGUGGAACUAUUGAAUAAUUGAUAGAAUUGUUAAAUUAGAUGGAGAAGGAAAUAUAAGAGGAUGUUGUUGUAAAUGGAUUAAAUGGUUAAGCAUAAAUUGGAGUUCCAUUGUCUGAAUUCAAAUUUAGGAUUGAAAAUGAGAAUGAUAUAUUCAAUCGACAAAUUGAAGUAUAAGAUGAUCUCAUCACUGUAUGAUAAUUAUUAAAUUCUAGCAUUUUUAAUACUAAUUGAUUACCUUAUAUGAUAGAGUUGAUAAAUGUUAAGCUAGAUUGAAGGAAAUUGAAUAUACUCUAUUAGUAGCUGAAGAAGAUUUAAGAUACGAUAAAGAAUUGGUUGAUAAACAUAGAAUAAUAUUAUAAGAAGAAAUUGACUUUUUUGAUUGGAUGAUGAAAUAUACUUAGAGUGUUAUUAUUGAAGAACAUGCUAAAGGUAAUAAUGUUGAUAGUAAAAAUGAAUAAUCUCGAUAAGUAUUUAGUUUUGAUUCGAAGUUAGGGACGCAUUGA